AUGCUUUUUGAUUUUAUUAAGACUUCAUUUCUUCAUUAUGUAGAAGAGAAUAUGAAGAUGAAGACGAUCACAAUGGGAGCUUGUUGUCUCCCCUUUCUGCAAUGCCUACUGCUGGGUGCUACUAAUGGCUGCGUUUUUAAUGAUCAUUCAAAUGAAGCCAAUCCCGACGGCAGAAAGCUUUGUUGCGGCCCGAGUGGUAGCGUCGAAUCUUACUUUCCCAGGACACAGAUUUGCUGCAAUGGAACGGUUCAUGAUCGGAAAGGGAGGAUGUGCUGCAAUGGGGAGAUCUAUGAUCAAACACAAAAGAUUUGUUGUGAAGAUACUCUUCAUGAAAAAGAGAACAGAGUUUGCUGUGGGUCUAAGUUACAUAGGGUCACCACUAACCAAGUCAAGUGUUGUGGCGGGGAAUUACAUAACAACUCUCAAGGUUGUUGUGGAGGGCAAUCAUUGUAUAACAAGUCGUCACAAAUCUGCUGUGAAUUCAGUGGUUCAUUCACCAUCGCAGCCAAAGAGAACAACUUCUGCUGUUAUGACAAGGCUUUUGAUGUAAGAAGCCAAUACUGUGUUAACGACCAAGUCCUUAGUCUUAACAACGAAAACCUGUGUGGUACAGAGAAAUACAACAUUUCGGAAAAGAAAUGCUGUGACCAGACGUUGUACGACAUGCCUCAAUAUCUGGCGGAUUGUUGUGAAUCACAGUUGUAUGACGUCAAUAUAUCAAAGUGUUGCAGAGGGACAAAAACGGUCAUUGCUAACAAUAGAGAGUGCUGUGGAGAAGGCAAAUAA